AUACGUCAGAUUUGCUGUCGUUUCAGUAAUCGAGAAUUGUUGGUGGCUCACUUUUAAAUAAAGUCACAAAAGAUGCAGCAGCUCGAGUCUUUAGUGAUCCGCAGCCUCAGGCAGUUCAGAGACCGAUAUUUUCCGGAUAAAGUUGUCACCGAUGCUAGCUUGACGGCAGUUGUAGACCCAGGAAAAGAACCACAAGCGGGAUUUCUGGACAGUUUACCGGUGGACAUACACUUCCUGAUCAUGACCUUUCUCUCUCCUGCUGAUAUCUGCCGUCUGGGAGCUACCAGUCAGUACUGGAGAGCCAUGGUGAAGGAUCCAUUACUUUGGAGAUACUUCCUGUUGCGGGACAUGCCAGACUGGACCUCCAUUGACCAUGUGACCAUGCCCAAACUGGAGUUGCUGGAUGCACCACUAAUCAAUGAAGAUGAGAGCCUGGAAAAUAGAGAAGAGGGGGAAGAGAAAGGACGGGAAUGGAAAUGUGACUACAUGUCAGAAUACCUCAAAGCUUGCCCAUCAUGCAGACAGCAAUGGCUCCCCUCAAAACCAGCAUAUGAGGUUGUAACCUCGAUUUUUCAGUAUCUGUUGCCUUCAACUGAACCUCGUUAUGCCAUGUUUGGUCCUGGCAUUGAGCAGCUGGAUGUGUCCUUAGUCACAAGAAUGAUGCAUGCACAGGAUAGGCUUUCUGUUUCUGGCAUACCACAAAGACAGAUAAAUGGAAUUGGGUCAGGGAUCAGCUAUAUGUUCAACAACCAACACAAAUUUAACAUCCUAACUCUGUAUUCAACCAACAGGGCUGAGAGGGAAAGAGCCAGAGUGCAGCAGGAGAGUGUCGAUAAUAAGCUCUUUACUUCUGAGGGAACUGAUGAUUCAGGCUACCCAGUGUACAGCCCUGCACCUCAUGUCCAGCAGGCGUGCCAGGUGGUGGAUGGCUUCAUUUAUGUAGCCAAUGCAGAGUCUGAGAGAAAUGACUGGAAGUCAGAGGUGGCCCAGAUUAGGACAGUGCUGAACUGUGCUGGGGAAUCCACAUCCAGGCCUUUGCUGGUGCUCUCUUGUGUCUCCAGAGAACAGCCAGAAACAGUUGGUACCACCAAAGGUAGAACUCCCUGUGUUUAUAUGGCAAAGAGACUUGGCCUUCCCCAGCUCUCUCACCGCUGGAUGGUGCAGGAUACAGUGGCAGAAUCCCUGUCAGGUCUUCUGGAUGGAAUUUCCUGGCUGCUAAGAUGUUCUGGUGUCAACCUUUAUGCUAGCUAGUUCCCAAAGGUCUGCCGCCAUCUGAUGAAUUUAGAUUACAGACCCUGUUUUUCUACAUGAUCCUGACAUAAGAAUGUAGUUCAGUUCGCUGAUUUGUACCAUAUGCAUAGACAAGUCUCAGUCAAGUCUCAGGUCAUAAAGAGUUCCAGAAAUGCUGCCAUGGAAUCUGAUGCAUUAGCUGAAUAAUGAGAAGACCUGUUAUUUACUGUUAAUAUUUAGAGAGUUUUAUGAAAGGCACUGAAGGUAAUGGAAACACAUUUUUUUAACAUUGUUUUUCUACAGAAAAACACUUAAAGUUGUAUUGGUAGUCAUUUCUAUGUACAUAACACAUAAAGCAGGAACACACUACCAAACAGGCUCUAGUUUGGAACUCCAAAAACAAAAUGGAGCUUAUUCCAGUUUAUUGCUAACUUACUGAAAAACUUUGCAUGUUUGCUAAUGAGCCAAGUGAUCCAAUGGUAUAAAAAUCAGAUGGAGCCUACAAAUCUUACUGAUGGCAGUUUUUCUUUUCACUAGAUCACAAUUUCAGUAUAUAAAAAUAAGUUCUUCUUAAUUAGCUCGUUCAUUGUCUUGUGAUUCACAGAUUUCACAAUUAGCACAGUGUGCUAAGAGCUUUUCUUGGAAAAAUGUUUCUUAUGUGAGUUUCAAAUACACAAUCAAGCAUGUGCACACAGUACAGAGAAUGAAAUGAAGCUAAAAAUCAAGUAAAAAAGCAUUUACUGCUCUUUAGAAUGAUUUUAUAUUUACUAGAGUAUUAAUAAACACUGAACGAUUUAAA